GUUUUUUAAACAUGACUCAUUCAGUUCAUCACUCGACAGGCAUUCGAAUAUUUAGUCGAUAAGUUCAUCAUGUGACUUCCAUCCAAAUAUUGAAUCGAUGAGUCAAUCGAUAUGAUAAAAUUACAAAUAUGAAUUUUGGGAAUAUACCGUCCCAACACAAACAAACACUGUAGCCAGAGUUACUUGAUCGAGUUAAAUAUCCAUAUGUUAGGUGAUCAAUAAGAUUCUCAAGUUGCAUUUGUGAAUAAACGCUCCAUAACUUAUGUCAUGCAUACUUGGAGUCGAUUGUUAAAAGGAAAAUUAUAGAAAAUAUUGCGAAUGUGCGAAUACAUUUGCAGUAUUAGACCUUUAAUGAAUCAGUAGUAAUACAAUAGUAAUGCAGAUUCAGAAACUCAGCAUUUCACACUAGUUUGGAAGGAUGCAUGCUCGUUUCAUUCACAUGAAGUUUAGUUCAAUGUUUUGAGUGCGAAUCCGACUGAAGAAAGCAUUUGACACAACUCAGUAAUUAUACACUAAAUUUGAUCACUUUGUGAGUGAGCAUAUGCUGUGUUACACCUAUCUUUCAAAUAUUAAUUAUCGUUAGUCUUUUAAUUGUAGUGAAUAUACCCAUUGUGACUAAUCUGUUAUAUCCGAAUGGGAAGAUAUCUAUCUAUUAUGAGAACGUAAGUUAUUAAAUUGAAUGUACAUUUAGUUUUGUUUCAAGUACUUGAGAUCAUUCUACUAUUUCAUGCGUAUGAACAUAAUAGAAAAAGAUCAACAUUUUGUGAUGUGUAAAGAAACUAUUUGACUUUGUAAUUAUUCUUUUAAUGACACAACUCACUGUAGCACUUGUUAAUAUGUGAGUAAUUAGAAGUGAAGUGACAUCAGUUGUAACAAUGAUGUGUUCAUGUCAAACACUACUAACCAGUGUAUGACAGAAUAGUGUAUGUUAUGUGUCGUAUUCUGUCAGAUUGUAUUCCAUCUUCAAAUGGUCGGCUUUUCGGAACAUUCAAUAAUGUAUCAUCUGAGCAGAGCUUCCUUGAAAAUGUUAACAAUCACAUUUCAUUACAACUGACGUAGGUUUUCAUCUCACAAUGUGUCAACAUAUUUCAUCAUAGACUGAUAAAUCAUCAAACUUGGCUGAAGUUGACAACUGGUGUGAUUAAGAAUAUCUAUGUACACCAGAUAGAACACAUUUUCAAUGAGAAUAUCAUUAUACGUAAUGUAAGUGUGGUUAAGAUAAUUUGAACGAAGACUCACUUAUUUAAUGUUCAAUUUGUUUUGAUAUAAAAGAUUGUGUGCUGACAAAUCCUCGUUCCAUGUCUCUUUCAGAAUAUUUUGGAAAUUUCAAAAGAUAAAGACUACGGAAUCCGAGGAAUCUUUCAAUGUGAAACAGGUAAGAAAGAACAUGAGAUAUCUGUUCCUGUAGAAUGGAUGAAAAAUGGCACGUUAGUGGAGUAUGAAGUCAUCGGCACAAUUUGUCCAAUACACAAUUCAAGUGAAGCAUGUCUGAAUGCAAUAACAUCGAAUGUGACAUGUAUUUGGUGUGAGAAAUGGAAUACGUGCAUUGACAGUAAUCAUCAGAAUCACCAUUUCUUUAAAGUGAAUGGUUGCCAUUUUAAGAAUACGACUACUGAAAUAUCGAAAGAAAGUAAACAGAACGAAUCACUUUGGUAUCUGUAUAUAAUAAUUCCACUGAUCGUCUUCAUCGCUGCAUGUACCGGAUAUGUUACCUGGAAAUAUUUGCAUAAAAAAAGGAGAAGUAGUGAAUGAUUCUCAACAAAGUCUCAUAACUAGAUUCGAAUAUUCUGACAAAUUCCGCUUUUCUUUUUCGUAUUUCAAUUAACAGUUUUGGAUUUAGUUAUUCAUUUUAAUGGUUUGUACUUUUCUUCACGGAACUAUGUACAUUUUGUGCUUGUUUAUGUUAUAGCCGAUGUAUUCUUGUUAAUUAAAUAUCAAACAUGAUUUAUAAUAUUUA